AUGAAUAAAGAUAAAGAAGCUAGAACACCAUUAUUAUCAGAAGAUAAUCAAGAAAAUAUAAAUGAUGAAGAUGAAUUAGAAAUGGAUAAUGUAUCAUCAUCAUCAAUGCAACCAAUGAUCUCUGAAGAAGCAAAUAAUGAAGAGGUUGCUGAAGAAGGUACCGAGGAAGGUACCGAAGAAGGUAUAGAAGCAAGUAAUGAUUCAAUUAUUAAUCAAUAUAUUACAGCAUGUCAAAGAGGUGAUCUUACUACCGUUCAAAAAAUGGUUGAACAUCAGAUAAUUGAUAUUGGGAAAGAUUAUGAUAGUAGUGAAAAAAUCUCUGGAUUACAUUGGGCAAGUGUUAAUAAUCGAUUAUCAAUUGUUCAAUACUUAAUUAGUCAAGGAUCAGAUGUUAAUUAUAAAGCAGGUACACUUCAUGCCACACCAUUACAUUGGGCCGCUAGCCAUGGUUAUGUAUAUAUUGUUGAUUAUUUAUUGAAACAUGGGGCUGAUCCAUGCAUUAAAGAUGAUCAAGGAUUUAAUUUAUUACAUCUUGCAGUGAAUAGUUCGAAUAUCAUGUUGGUGAUUUAUGUUUUAUUUAAUGUUGUUGAAAAGGGAAUAUUGGACGUGGAUUGCGUGGAUCCUCAUGGCAGGACACCCUUAUUAUGGGCAGCAUAUCAAGGUGAUUCCUUGACAGUUAAUAGUUUAUUACAAUUUGGAGCUAAUGUUAAAAUAUGUGAUGAUGGAGGGUUUAGUCCAUUACAUUGGGGUGUUGUGAAAGGUCAACCACAUGUUUUAAAAUAUUUAAUUAAAAAUGGUGGAGAUUUUUUCCAAAAGACAAAAGAUGAUAAAGAUUGUUUUAUAAUUGCCAAAGAGAUGAAUACACAAGUGGCGUUUGAUGAGGCAUUAAAGUUGAAUGGGUUUGAUACAAAGGGAUUCCCUAAAAAGAAAGUGUUCAAGAAAAGUUUACAUGCUAAACAAGUGACGUUUGUGAUCCCAUUUAUAUACAUUGGUAUCAGUUUUGGAUUGAUGAGUUAUGUUCCUGUUGUUAUUGCAUUAUUGUUGAAUGCUAUAAUUUGGUUUGGAAUCAAAAUCAGUUUGGAGAAAUUUAUUAUGCCGUGUUAUAAUAUUGUUGGAAUUCAAAAUACCAGUUUAUUGAAAUCUCCAUUUUUAAGUGGGGUAUUUUUUGGUAGUGUGAUUUGGGUAGUAAUUGUUUGGUGUUGUAAGAUUUUACCAGUGGCAUUUUGGGAAGAACCGAUUUGGAAUUCAAUCUUUGGUGUAUCGAUAAUUGGAGUUAUUUACGAGUUUUAUAAGUUGAUAAGAUCGAAUCCUGGUCGUAAGAAUCGGAAUCAUGAUAUGGAAUCUGUUAGAAAGACGAUUCAAACGUUAAUGGAGUUGGGGAAAUUUGACAUCCGUCAUUUCUGUUUGGAAACAUGGGUACGCAAGCCAUUGAGAAGUAAAUUUUCAUAUUUGAAUCAAAGUGUGGUGAAUCGAUACGAUCAUUAUUGUCCCUGGGUUUAUAACGAUAUUGGGUUACGAAACCAUAAACGGUUUAUAAUGUUUAUUUUCUUUAGUGAAGUGACGAUAUGGAGUUUUGUGAUUGUAUGUUUUGAAUAUUUUGACGAGUUGGAAGUGGAAGAAGAUGCCAAAUGUUUGUUGAUGGGGGGUGGGUCUGUAUGCAAGGGUGUUCUGAAGAGUCGAUUUACAUUGUUAUUGAUGGUUUGGAGUAUGUUGCAAGGAGUAUGGGUGAUGUUUUUAAUUUGUGUUCAACUGUUCCAAAUGUUGCGUGGUAUUACUAAUAACGAGUUUAAUAAGUUAGCCAAUGCGCAUGAGAGUAUGGUUGGUUCAAGAAAUGAAAUAUUUAAUACUACUCCAGAAGGGUAUGGUGAAGUGGUGGAAGAGAGUCGAUCGAUGAUAACGUCUAGUACAAGUAAACGUAGAAAUAUAUUUGGAUUGUGUAUGAGUGUGAUUGGAUUGGAUCAAUGGGUAUUAGUCGUACGUGAAACAUUGGGUUUUGCAAGAGGGAACACUAAUGAGGAAGAAUCUGCAUUGAGUGGUGGCAUUGAUUGUGAUUAUGGGUGGAGGAUUAAUGUGAAGGAUUUCUGGUUGACAAGUGAUACAACAGCGCCAUUGUGGCAACGAAUCAUAUAUUCGCCUCAAGGGUCUAAAGCGUUGUUGAAUGAUAAAGAAGUAGAUUACGAUGAGUUGUAUGAAUGGCCAAGAAGGGUGGAGAGUGUAUAA